GCCAUCCCGCAGUCGUGCAGAACCCUCUUCUCUCGGAUGAAAAAAAAUCGAUAAAAAGGAACCCUCUCCAUUUCGACCUGCAAAUCACGCACGACGAGACCUGGACCGAAUCCCUGAUUCUCAAACCUCCGUCGAGGUCGCCGGGACCUUGAACCGCCCUCUGUUUCCCGUUGCCCGCCGCUCACCCCUCCGGCACAAUGGGGAGCGUGGACCUGGUGCUGAAGCCGGCGUGCGAGGGCUGCGGCUCCCCGUCGGACCUCUACGGCACCGGGUGCAAGCACACCACGCUCUGCAGCUCUUGCGGCAAGUCGAUGGCGCUCUCCCGCGCCCGAUGCCUCGUCUGCUCCGCCCCCAUCACCAACCUCAUCAGGGAAUACAAUGUGCGGGCAAAUGCUAGCACGGAUAAGGCAUUCUCUAUUGGAAGAUUCGUCACUGGUUUACCUCCUUUCUCAAAGAAAAAGAAUGCUGAGAACAAAUGGUCUCUUCAUAAGGAGGGCCUGCAAGGACGGCAGCUUACUGACAAAAUGCAGGAGAAAUACAACCGGAAGCCAUGGAUUUUAGAAGAUGAAACUGGUCAAUACCAGUUUCAGGGUCAUAUGGAGGGAUCACAGUCAGCAACAGCUACAUACUACUUGUUAAUGAUGCAGGGCAAGGAAUUUCACGCAUUUCCUGCUGGUUCCUGGUAUAACUUCAGUAAAGUUGCACAGUACAAACAACUGACUCUGGAAGAGGCCGAAGAGAAGAUGAAUAAGAGAAAGACUAGUGCAACUGGUUAUGAACGUUGGAUGAUGAAAGCAGCUACAAAUGGGCCAGCUGCCUUCGGUUCAGAUAUAAAGAAACUUGAACCUACAAAUGAUGGAGAAAAAGAAAGUGCUCGUCCUAAGAAGGGGAAAGAUAAUGAGGAGGGUAAUAAUUCUGAUAAAGGUGAGGAAAAUGAAGAAGAUGAAGCAGCUCGAAAAGAUAGGCUUGGGCUCUCUAAACGUGGCAUGGAUGAUGACGAGGAAGGUGGAAAAGAUCUGGACUUUGAUUUGGAUGAUGAAAUUGAGAAAGGUGAUGACUGGGAGCACGAAGAAACAUUCACCGAUGAUGAUGAGGCUGUGGAUAUCGACCCAGAGGAACGGGCUGAUUUAGCUCCUGAAAUUCCUGCUCCACCUGAAAUUAAGCAGGAUGAUGAAGAGAAUGAAGAAGAAGGUGGUCUGAGCAAGUCAGGAAAAGAAUUAAAGAAGCUGCUUGGGCGUGCUUCUGGACAAAAUGAGUCAGAUGCAGACGAGGAUGAUGAAGAUGAUGAUCAGGAUGAUGAGUCAUCUCCAGUGCUUGCUCCAAAGCAGAAUGAUCAACCUAAAGAUGAACCUGUUGAUAACAGCCCAGCUAAACCAACACCUUCAUCAGGACAUGCUCGCAGCACACCUCCUGCAUCCAAAUCCAAGCAAAAGAGGAAGUCAGGUGGUGAUGAUGCGAAAACAUCUGGGAGUGCAGCUUCAAAGAAAGCAAAGGUGGAACCGGAUACCAAAACAUCAUCCAUCAAAGAGGAGGCGCCAUCUUCCUUAAAACAUACAUCAAAGGCCUCUGCUUCAUCAAGAAAUGCGAACGUAUCUCCUGUGACAGAGGAUGAAAUUAGGACUGUUCUUCUUGCAGUCGCUCCAGUCACUACACAAGAUUUAGUAUCCAGAUUUAAGUCUAGACUCCGAGGUCCAGAGGACAAGAACGCCUUUGCUGAAAUUCUGAAGAAAAUUUCGAAGAUACAGAAGACUAAUGGUCACAACUAUGUCGUCCUUAGAGAGGAUAAGAAGUGAAGAGCUCAACCGAAGUGGCUUUCCUUGUGUGUGAACCUGAUUGUGUCUUUCUGGAGAUAAUAUCCGUGUGAUAUAUUAUCACUAGAAGAGUUUUUUAUUCUAACGAUGCUAUCUGGAUCUUCUUACAGUUACAGCUGCUUUCUUCUAGAAAUCUAAUAAUAUUAGUAUAUGUGGUUUUCUAGAAGAGUUCUUGUAUGUUUGGUCCAUGGCUGCAAUCAUGUAGUGCCUAAUGGUGAAUGAUAAGGCGAGCAUAAAUGGUUGGUUUGAUAUCAAAUUAUGGCCUUCUUUACCGGGAA